CUCUCGUCCACCCGGUAGCGCGAUGAUCGGUGAGCAACGUGUUCAACGUGCCCCGGGAACCGCGCAAGGCCGAUUCCGGCUGUUGACCGGCGCCGUGCUGCUGUCCACGAUCGCGGGAAGUGCAUGGACCGACAACCCCGUCACAUCCGAGGGACCGAGCUUCACCGCGCCAAUAACAAACGUGACGGUCCCAGUGGGUAGAGAAGCUAUCCUCGCCUGCGUCGUAGCGAAUCUCUCUACGUACAAGGUGGCAUGGCUGCGGGUGGACACGCAAACCAUCCUGACGAUAGCCAAUCACGUGAUAACGAAGAAUCACAGAAUCGGCGUCACGCACAGCGAGCACAAAACGUGGCAUCUACACAUACGUGAUGUCCGGCAGAGCGACCGGGGGAACUACAUGUGCCAGAUAAACACUGACCCGAUGAAGAGUCAGAUUGGUUAUUUGGAGGUUGUAGUUCCGCCGGAUAUCUCGGACGACUCGACUAGCACGGAUAUGGUGGUGCGGGAGGGCAGCAACGUUUCACUGCGUUGCGAAGCAACAGGGUCGCCCAAGCCAAACAUUACCUGGAGAAGGGAGGACGGCGAGUUGAUUAGUCUUGGAAAGAAUCUGGAAGUGCCCAGCAUUGAAGGAUCGAUCUUCAAUAUCACGAAAGUGAACAGACUGCAGAUGGGAGCUUAUCUUUGCAUCGCGUCCAAUGGCGUGCCGCCGACGGUCAGCAAGAGAAUUAUGCUCGUUGUACAUUUUACUCCAAUGAUUUCGAUCCAGAACCAAUUAGUGGGCGCCCAAGAAGGCCAGCAAAUGACGUUAGAAUGUUACUCUGAAGCAUAUCCCAAAUCCAUCAAUUAUUGGACAAGAGAGGACAUCAUUAUAUCAAACGGUGACAAGUACGAGCCGUCUUUCUCGGACAACGCGUACAAGGUGCACAUGAAACUUAUGAUACGGUCAGUCGCUCUGUCCGAUUACGGCAGCUAUAAAUGCAUAUCUAAAAAUUCCCUCGGCGAGACGGACGGCAGCAUCAAGCUCUAUCACAUACCGACGCCCACGACGGAGCCGACGACGACGAGCACGAUGCCGAUUCCUACCACCGUGGAUCUAGUGGAGAGCGUCCAAUGGUCGCGACAAAAGCCCGUGCCCAGUCUAGAACCGAGCUCUAAUGAAAUAACCGACGCAUCUUUGUCGACUGUCGUCAGAAGCGAAGAAACGCGGCUUCGCGGCAGGCCGAGCCACGAGGAGCCGAGUCACGAGGCCGAGAACGUCAUCGACAGCGUCGACAAGCACAAGAGCGUCGACGGCAACAUCGGGCCGCGCAGGAUCGACAAUACGCCGCAGUCGAUGUCCUCGAAGAGCAGCACGUGGCACUGCGUGACCCGGUCCAGCGCGGUGAUCUGCAUAAUAGUGCUUUCCGCCCUGUCGUAGUCGUCGCGGCGCGGGGACGAUCGCUCGAGGUCCAUAUCCCGCUCCACAGGAUAAACCUCUCCUCUCUCUCAUCCGUGCAAGGGAUCAAUUAAUCGACGGGUUAAGCGAGCAGACUCACCGGAGGGAUCCGCCGCAGCAUAUUUACGACGCCGAAUGUCUUUACGAAGAAGAAAAAAACUAUUACUAUUGUUAUUAAUGUAGCCGAACCCACGCCCUCGUCGGAUUACUGAGAUUCCACUGAGAAAUUCGCCCGGAUUCCGUUUGCGGCGAGUCGUCGUCGGUCGCGUUCCCGUUUCACGCACGGCUUCUCGAGGAACAGACCGAUGGAAAAUUAUCGUUAUUUUCGCCGCAAAAUAGUAGCGGAAAUUAAAUACUAUAGUAACAUUUACUAUAGUAACAGUGAUAAUAAUCUUACAUCCGUAUUGCUGCUGCUAUUUUUGUAGCGUAUUUAUAUUUGGCGCCGAAAAUAACUAUAAUUUUUUAUUCUUCUGCACUAUAUAAAGGUGGAUACACACUGAGCGAACGAGAUCGCGUCGCACGAGAAUGCAUUCGCGUCGAAGAAAAAAAAGAAAAGGAAAGAACGAAAAACGAGAAGCCGAGGAAAAAGGAACGAGAUCGCUCCUGCUUCGUUCCGACGGGAACGCAUUCUCAUUUCCAAUAAAUUGUUGCGUAAUAGCUGUCGACGUAUGAUUUCAAGCCGAAUCUCUCCGUGUCGUGUUCGAUGUUUAUCGAUACCGUUGCAUGCCACGAGUGUACACAGCGGAAAUAAAUAAUAUAUUUCGCACGAUAAUGCACGCGAUAUUCGCCGCAGCAAUAGCAAUUAACGGCUCGCACGUGAGCCGAGCGUUCGUUCGCUUUUUUCACGCGAUCGGAAAUAUAUCCGCCGCUUUUCGUGAUCAGAGCGAUCGAUAAUCGUUCAGAGUCGCCGUCGUCGACUUGUCAAUGGGGUGUCUCAGCCGAGUCUUCGCCAACGGAAUGGUUUCCAGCGAAUGAUCCGGCGUGACGACGAUUUUUCUUAUCUGAUUCCACCGUCAUCGCCAAAUUCCACCUUCCAAUCUCUCUUUCUCUCUCUCCUGUCCGGAGGAGGAAAAAGGGAGCGGGCCUUCAAAUCGCGUUCAUCGUUAGCGAAACGAGAUCUCCCAAUUUCCUCAAAAGAACUCGACUCGGAUUUUCCCUUUCAUGUCCGGACGGGGCUUAUACCGGAGGGGCUUUCCCCCGAACAUCCGUGUCCGGCUCGCAAUUAUAUAUCGCCGGGAGGAUCGACGCUGCUGAUCGGCCCGUCUGCAUACUCACUUUUCCCACUUUCGCGUUCCGCUUGUUUGCGCCUCGAUACGAUUCUCAGUGCGGAGGGUUAAUCGAUCUAGCAAGCUAAGUGUAUAAAUUAGUACGUAAGCGUAGGAGUUAAGAGCGUGUGUAACGUGCGAGAGAGAACAAGUCGCGGACGGUGCAUGAGAUGCAACGAAACAGCUGGUACUUGUACAUUUCCAGGAUUAAUCACUUGCAUAUACUUGUAAAUAACGUUACGGAUCGUACGGACUAUUUCCCGCGGAAUAUUGUGUCGCUGUACUAAUUGUGUCGAUAAGAACAGUUUUGUACAUAUACCGAGCCUCCUCGAGCGCGCGCAUAGAAUAAGAGUGUGAGUAGUCGUUUCGACGUUUUUAUAUAUAUGUGGAUGUCUCAGCAAGUGAAAUUAUCGUAUUCCCCCUCCCCCUUUCCUUCCCCGAUGUGUAUGUCCGGAGAAAAGGAAUCCCCGCGGCGAGAAUCCAACGAGAAAUGAACAUCGAAUCGAUUCGACGAGUCAUUUCUCGCCCGGAGAGUGUCCGUCUUCUCUCCCGCGAAAUUUCCGCGAACGCCGUCUUGCUUUUUUCACGAUUCGAAACGUUCCCGGUGUUCCUCCGGACGCGGCUACGAUAUCGUCAGUUUUGAAACUACUUUCCGAUCGGGAAGACACAUCAGUGUCGGCACACACUCGUGUAAGGUGGCGGCAUUUAUGUACAAAAAGUCUCGCGUUAAACGCGACCCGAGAUCGGUAUUUUGUAUUCACGCGCCGAAAGUAUCCGAGAUAUUUUUGCGAGGUAUUACGAUUUGAAACCCGCUGCAAAUGCGCGCCCUUUCCACCGCGCAUGGUGGGUGUUUCGCGCGAGAAAACGGCGCGACGCUCGAAACAAACACGCACGAGAUCCGCGCGCGUCUUCGAAUCUGCACCGACGUGAGGAGAUCCGACCCACGUCCGCUCAAUGAUACAAUCGAAUUCUGCCCGGUUAAUUUAAGCGUCCAACACAUACACACGCGCGCGCACACACUACACUACAUCAAUCGAGUACGACGCGACACCUCGAUACGACCAGUGUGUGUAUUCUAUGUCUCAACUCAGGAGCUCUCCCUGGAGUCCACGUGUAAAUAUUAAUCGACCGGACUAUACGAUCGUGUGUUGUAAAGUGUGGAUGGAAUGUCCCUGUAAAUAAUCACGGCCGGCUUUGUAUCAUGUCGUAGGACGGUACACGAUCCAUUACGAAGCGUACGCGUGUGUGUGUUACUUUUUAUGUAGAGAUAAAAUCUGGUUAAAUAUAUAUGUACAUAUAUUUGUUACGACACGUUAUAUAUAAAUUAUCGUAUCCGCGGUUAUUUCAAGAGUUUUUCACAGUUCCCCCCACAGUUCGUUGGACUCUCGAGAGACGUACGCGAUUCUUCCGCAUUCUGAGUCCUCGAGCUUGAAGGCAUACGAAGCAUCGGCGCAAAAGCUUGACGAGUCACGACGUACGAUGCACCGUCACUCGAGGCGCCCUGAGAAAAUCGGUCAUUCUUAUCGCGAACGUCCACGUUCACCGUCGUGCGUACCACUCAAGCCCAAAUUUCCGUUAGUCAUACUUACCGGUAGCGCCCGUCGAUGCGAGAGAAAUCGAUUUCAGUGAGCUUACUACCGCUUCCUAGAGGCAUAAUAUUCGCAGAACGACUUUAAAACGAGAUUUCAUAGACGGGGAGAUCCCCGAGGGAGAUAUUGUAAAAGAGAAUUAUGUUUCCAGUGCCGUAGUGUCAGUAGCGACGAAACAUGUUGUAAACUGAAUGGACGAGUGCAAAAAUGGAAUGAAUAAAUAUCGAAUGUUUAA